UUAUAACGGAAAACUUUAGCCCGAAAAACUUUAACACGCGGGCGGAGCCGCGGGCAAAAGCUAGUGUUUAAUAAAAUCAAAGAGCAUACUUAUAAAAAUAUAAUAGAAUACUUUUAGUUCUACUUGGCCCUGGUUACUCACAAGGCCCCUACCCGGUAAGUGCUCUACUGGCAAUAUUUUCUUCUGCUAACUACGUCUGAUACAUUGAACACGCUCGAUAUAUUGAACUAGUAGAAAAUCACGUUAAUGCACCAUAACGACUGAAGUGCCAUUUAAAAAAAGAUCAUAAUUCCAUGUCCCUCAUUCCGAUUACAAGCGACGUACUUAUCUUUGUAUUGUGUUUGCACAAUGGCCGCAGGUGCGUUGUUGCACAAUUCAUUCGCAUUAGUGGUUUAGUCUCACCAGCAACAUGAUGUUGAUAGUCCUCCUCGCUUCGAUACUGGCGGUUGAAUCCAGAAUAUUCUGCGAAGUGAACAAAAUGCCUCUCGAAGUCGGCAUGUGGAAAAGCAAUCUCAGACACAUGGACUCCGCCGUCGUAGAGAACACGCCUGUCUCCAUCAGCGAAGGCCAGGUCUACGUCUACGAAAAUUACUUUCCAGGGUACAUCAUCAGAUACAUUCACGUGGACAACCUGGCGACCAGGUCUUGUGGAGCGAGCGCCACCAUCAGGGACGGCGGGAUAGGCUCACAAACAGUUUUGAUAGUUUUACACGCCGACACCAAUCAGGAGAUAAGGUCUAUAAUUGAUAUUUGGGGAGAGAAGAGACCUGGCAUGAAGAUGAAGGUCACCAGACAGCCGCUAGAUACUGAGGAAACAAAAAAUCUGACCUCGCUCUAUCUGUUCAAAGAUCUUAGGGCGGUGAACCAUAAUAAGGGAUUUUAGCUCCGAGGUGUGGAAUACUAUUUGAUAUCUAUGUUAGUGUACACAGCUUAAACGAUCAAUAUGUGAGAAUACAAGCUUUUAUACUUUUAUUAACCAAAUUCAUGUGAAAAAAAUAAAACAAUUGCAUACAAAAUGAGAGAUUUAUUUAAACGAUAAAAAUGUUUCCAUAUCGAUAACUUCAAUUUCCUUUCAAAUCUAUCACUUCGAGUAUCCCGUAUAAACUACAAAGAGCGACCACAACACAGCCAGCGUCGCUAGUAUUCAGAGGAGCAGCCUCAGCACCAACACAAGCUUUAUAUCCAGGCGAGCCUCGGCUUAAGGUAAACGACCAAUACGACUUGCCAUGCGACCGAUUGAGCAGCCUCGGGUGAGACAGAUUCUCACGCUUGCUGUUCAUAUGAAUACAGAGCUAUAGCUUUCACUUUGGCGGGCAUUACAUUUAUUAGUUUUAGAAGUGUAAGUUACGAAAAAAUAUAUAUUUACUAAAACUUCCCAACCAUAUAAGCGAAAAACGUUCAAUUUUCGCGACUUUUGUGAGAAAAAUUUACAAAUGUAAUACCCACCUUAAAUUGAGAACCAUUUACACAAUGCCAAUAUAAAAAAAAUUGAAAGAAUUGAUUGACAAUAUACCAUUUUAUGAUGUUUCUUGGAAAACUUUACUAUUUGUCUAAGAGACUGUUUUAUAUGUUCUAGUAAGUUUUAUCCGACAAUUAAUGCAUAUACUAUUUUGUUCACCAUUGAUUUGGGAGUUCGACUUUUGUAUUUAGGCGCACUAUAUUAUCCAUGACGAUAAGCGUUUACUCAAACAUUGUUAAAAUGGAGCCUUAGAUGAUAGUCUGACAUGUUUUUGUAUGUUCAAGUGUGUUUGGCUAAGUAAGCAGCCACAUAAAUGUUUUGGUAAAUUC